UCAAAUUGGAAUAGUAGGAAAUCAAAAAAUGGCUUCAAAUGAUCUGAAUCCAGCUUAUGCAUAUACAAUUGUGUAUGUGAAAGACGUUGCUAAAUCCGUCGAUUUUUAUUCUAAAGCUUUCGGUGUUAAUGUUCGCCGUUUGGACCAUUCUCGAAGAUGGGGAGAGUUAGAGAGUGGACAAACAACAAUAGCAUUCACACCACUUCACCAACACGAAACAGAUGAAGUCACAGGCACUGUCCAAACACCUCAGCCUAAAAGGGGUGAGCGCAACCCCAUUGAGCUCUGCUUCGAUUAUGCUGAUGUUGAUGCUGCUUACAAGAGAGCAGUGGAGAAUGGAGCAGAAUCUGUAAGUGCACCAGAACAAAAGGAAUGGGACCAAAAGGUUGGAUACGUUCGAGAUAUCGAUGGGAUGGUAGUUAGACUCGGGAGCUAUGUUAGACCCCAUCAACACUAA